AUGCAGCAGCCAACUGGAGGAGUAGAGCUGCAGGACGAAUCCUUUGAUUUCCUGUUCAAGAUCAUCCUGAUUGGAGAUUCUAACGUGGGCAAGACCUGCGUGGUCCAGAGCUUCAAGUCAGGACAGUUCUCAGAGAGGCAACAGAACACCAUAGGAGUGGACUUCACCGUGCGGACAGUGGACAUCGACGGCAAGAGAAUUAAGAUGCAGGUAUGGGACACGGCUGGACAGGAGCGUUUCCGGACCAUCACCCAUAGUUACUACCGCAGCGCCCACGGCGCCAUGAUCGCCUAUGACAUCACACGCCACGGAACCUUUGACUCCGUGUCCAAUUGGAUCAGGGAGGUGGAGCUGUACGGCGCGGCCAAUGUAGUGCUCUGUCUCAUUGGUAACAAGUCUGACUUGGAGUCUGAGCGUCAGGUGUUGUUCCAGGAGGCAUGCUGUAUGGCUGAGGAGAGAGGCCUCCUGGCAGCAUUAGAGACCUCCGCUAAGGAGGCCCAGAAUGUGGACGAUGCCUUCAUGAUGAUGGCCCGCGAGCUGCUGGCACGCAACGGCAUGGCCGUCCGGCAACAGGCCCCUAGCAACAAUGACUCGCCCCGCGUCCUGCUCCGAGCCAACUCACGACCAAUCAACGGGCCAGCGGUGAUCACAGACAAGAAGACGUGUUGCUGA